AUGGCUUCCCUAUUUGGCGUCUUCGACAAAUCCAACCUGCCCAAGCGGCUGUUGCGAUACGCGCUCUCCCGUCUUGACAUCCUGGAAACCGAUGAGCUGGAUCUCGAUAAGUUGGACUUGACAUGGGGAAAGAACAACGUCUUUACGUUUCAUGACGUCGGGAUCAAGCUACAGAAACUCGAACGAUUACUGCAGCUCCCGUCAUCAUUUAAGCUCCGGAAAGCGAAGGUUCUACUGUUGCGCAUCACCAUCCCCGCCGCUAUAUACUCGAGCCCCAUCGUGGUGGAAGUGGACGGUGUCCAAGUGAAGCUCCAGGUAGCUUCUGAGGAGACUCUCAAAGACGAGCAAAAGCGCCAGCGAAGCAAGAAAUCCGCCAAGGCCCAUCAUGACGAAGAGGUCGUGCCUCAUCCGAUCGAUCUGGCCCAGUCGUUUCUCGAAACCCAACCUUCGUCCGAAAAGGCCGAGUUGCAAGCCGCUCUUGAAGCCGAGAAACAAGACCUGACGGCAUCGAUGGCGAGCAGCAGUGAAGAUGGCAGCGAAGAGGAUACUGCUUUGGGGUCAGGUCAGGCACUGUCCUUGCCUGUGUUCUUGGCAGACUUCCUGCAAGGCAUCGUGGAUCGGACCCAGAUAUCUAUAAAAGGCGUCACUUUCGAGCUGGACGUCGAGGUCCCUCUCGAAGUGCAAUCAAAAGUCCCCGAACCGGUUACCUUUCAGCUGGCCAUUGAUAAUAUCAAUGUGGAGGGUGUUACUACUCAAGCCGAGCAAGUCGAAACAUGCGAUCGCCCAGCCGUGGUUUACAAAGAUGGGAAACGCCACGUAUCUUUGAAUAAGAUUCGAGCCUCGCUCAUCUCGGAGGCCAACGUGUUUUCGACUCUUGCGCGGAGUCCCUCUAUGCCGUCGUCUGUCACUACCAGCCCGCCUCCUACUAUGCCAGAACGGCAGCCAUUAUCUAGAAAAAUGUCCAUGCCUAGAUCUGUCUACGAGCCUCUAGCUGGCUCGUCCGACUUGAGCCAGAACCAUCAUCACGCCAUGAUGGACAGCGAAGACGCGUUUAAUAUCCCAUAUGAUUUUCCUCCAAGCCAAGAACCGGAGGAAUAUGAUCUGCAGUCAACACCAUCUACCCCGCGAGCUCCCGCUACUCAAGAUAGUCCACCUACAGACCCUCUCUUUCGACCCUCACAGUCAUUCGUAUCUCCGGCUGGUGAUGCUUGGGCGUACUCUGGGAGAGAUGUUCAAUCUGCACCAGCACUUGAGCAACUGGGAGACUGGGGACAGACUUCUAUUGAGUCGGAAGCGGCAACUGCCAGGGGUCUAGCCCCUGAAGUAGCCAGUUAUGCAUCGACCCCUACACCAGAUGAGGACCUCGCGCGAUCUCAAAUGUUUAGCCACGAGGAAGCCGAGAGCAUGUAUAUGAGCGCUUUCUCCCACGCGGGCGGCUCGGAAAUUAACCCAGCUAUGCCGGGAUCCUGGGAUUCAACCCCAUCUAGCUCUGACAAUUCGACGAAAGCACAGCGGAAAACCGAAGAAGCAUUACCGUCGCGUGAAGACGUGCCUGCUGAGUCUGAAGUGGGAAAUGAAACCGUUGAGAGCCCAAGAUCACCGCCAGUUUUGACGCGACCCCUGAGUCCUGCCCUCGAUAAUGAAGACAACGAGGGCUAUUCUGUGACCACUCCAGAGACGAAGCCGAAUGAUGUCGUUGCGACACCUCGGGGUCCUACCAGACUGGUCAAGGAGAUCUUAUCUCUCUCUGAAAUCUCUGUGUAUGUUCCCUCAACGCACAAAAACGUACCAGUGCCUUCGGCCGAAGAGACCUUGAGGUCUCCGUCCACGACCUCGCACCACCCGCUGGAACGAUCCAUCGCCCCCAAUGUACCAGGUGCAUUUUCAGUGCAUGGUGGUGCCCAUUCUACAUUUUCCCCUAUCUCUGCUUCAAUGCUCACCCCAAUGCCAAUUUUGCCAACCGAAGUGCCUCAGGACAACUCCGUAGAAGUUAUCCUCUCGCCGCUAGAUGUGCGAUUUGAUGCAUCAAUCAGUUUCCUCUUGGCCAUGGUUGUAUCGCGCAUCCUUUCUGUGCUCAAAGAGCCAAAUGACAAGACAGCGCAAAAGGCCGAAGCGGAGAAGAAAAAAGUGUCGCCGUCCCAAGACUUAAAAAUAUUAGCACAAAAGGUGUCUAUUCAUUUUCUCGAGACACUGGCAGGGGUUGCUGAUGCCCCUGAACGGAUUUUGAACCCCAACCCUGCAACCUUCGGCACUGACGCAUUACUCACCACCACCCUGCAGAACCUCGCAUUCAAUCUUUCGAGAUCCGAGUCUACGACUGUGUCGUCUAUUGAACUGGAGAAGUUCAAAUUUGGUUAUGCCAACGAUGACAUCGUCUCGUUUGAUCCACGCCUGCAAAUGCGAGCCUCUGUUAGAGAUGCAUUUCCUUCUGCGGGGGCUGAUGUCUCCAUCAAGGUCACACAAUCUCCUGAAUCGACUAAAUGCGAAGUGAAGACACUGCCUCUGCACUUGAUGAUAGAUCUUCAAAGAUUAGAUGAGACUUUCAGCUGGUUUGGGGGAUUGAGCAGUUUCCUUAAUAUGGGCUCGUCAAUGACCUCAAGCGUUUCACCUAGCUCCAGAAGUCCGACAAGGAUAGCAAAGAAAUCUCGAGGGGUGAGGUUCGACGCACCUAUACGGGCCGAUGACAAAUCAGCAGCGUCCGAAAACAAAAUCAACAUGCGACUGGGCGGUUUCCAUCUCGACCUUGUCGGAAAGGAUUGUAGCGUUUCUCUUGAUACAAGUGCCGUCAAGUUGGUCACUCGAGAUGAAGGCGUCGGCAUUGGGAUUACGAAAAUCCAACUUUCGGGUCCGACGUUUAAGAGAUCAAUGGGAGAUCCGCCCAUCAAUGCCGAUAUCAAAAACAUUCGUAUUGAGUACCUGGUGUCGCCCAGGGAUAACGAUCUCGAGCGAUUACUAGAACUCAUUCUUCCGUCGAAACACAAGUUUGACGAUAACGACGAUGAGAUCAUGGUGGAUACAUUGUUGCGACAGAGACGGAAAGGGGCUGUUUUACGGCUCAACUGUGACAACAUCGAGGUCAAAGCCGGAAAGCUCCAACAGCUACAGUGCCUCCCAGCACUUGGAGAGGAGAUUGCCCGUCUCGGUACGGUCGCUAAAUAUCUGCCUGAGGAUGACCGGCCGGGUAUUCUAACGUUGGCCCUGGUCCGCAGUCUUGACAUCAAUGUUGAUGUGGACCGGCGAAUCGGCACUGUACAGACAUCCCUCAAGGAUUUGGAGAUCGGGCAUAUAAACUUCCCUUCUUUGCUUGCCCUUGGGCUUGGUUCAAUCGCCGUACGACGCAACAACACCGAGGAACUCAUUGGCUCAACCUUUCCAGCUUCCACCAACGCGAAGCCAGGACCCGUGCUCACUUUGAGAAUGAUUCCCGACGCCUUGGAACCGGUUAUCAAGCUCAGAAUGCGGCAUAUUAACAUCGAGUACCGUGUCCCCACCAUCAUGGAUGCCUUGGGUCUCGCUGAAGAUGCGACGCCGCAAGAUUUCGAAGCUCAACUGGCGGCUUCGGUGGCAAAUCUCGGCGAACAGGCACAUAUAGCCAUCACUGGCAAACACCCACUGUCCGAAUCCGAUAAGGGCAAAGGUAAGGACAGUCCGGGCAAGCCAACAAAGGUAGACCUUGUUUUGAAGGAUUGUCUCCUCGGACUAAAUCCACUCGGGUUAGUCUCGAAGCUGGUCAUUGUCCUCACAGAUGCUCAGUUGGAGGUUGCAUUGUCGAACGGAGACGAUGUAAAAGCUUUAGGUCAUCUGCGCAAAGCUUCGGUACUUCUGAUCGAUGAUGUCUCAAUGCUGGACUCUCCACCCACCGAUUCGAGGAGUCGUCGAACUUCGAAUGUCGCAACACCGCAAAUUGAGGAACUCUGCUCAAAAGGUUAUGUAGACAUCUGUUACAUAUCCUCUGCCAACGCGGCUGUUCAAGUAGGUCCGAACGGGGAUGACGGUUCCAAGUUUUUCGACGUGGAGAUUCGUGAUGAUCUCCUGGUCUUGGAAACCUGUGCCGAUUCGACGCAGACGCUAUUCGCGAUUGCGGGUGCUCUGGCGCCUCCAACUCCGCCAUCGAAGGAAGUCAAGUACAGAACGCAAGUUAUGCCUGUUCAGGAUCUCCUAGCGUCCAUAUCGGCGGAUGCUUUUGGCAAGGCUGAAGGCAAUUUCGACUUUGACGAUGAUUUUGGCUUAGCGCAAGAGCUGGGAGGGGACGACUUCGAUUUUGAGGAAUCCAGUGAUUCUGGCCCCUUGGACAUUGAUUCGAGAUAUUAUGAUGAUGCUACACUGGAGGACCAACUAGCCGACGCGACAGAUUCCAUGAUGUCUGAGCGUACAGCGACGCAGGAUACCAAUGACGGCGUUUUGCUGACCAGCUUCAGCAGCCAACCGUCGAUGAUCGAUGACGAUGAGGAGUUGAUCAUUCAUGACAAUUACUUCGGUACUGGAUCGGCUAUUCAAGGUACUGCCCACAGGUGGAACUCGACGAAGAUGACGUAUGAUCAGUCAAAUGACCUCAAGGUACAGAAGAGCCCGGUGACUGUACGCGUGCGCGACGUUCAUGUAAUUUGGAACCUCUUUGACGGAUAUGAUUGGAACCGUACGCGUGACACCAUCACGAAGGCCGUCGAGGACGUUGAAACCAAGGCAUAUGAGAGGCGUAUUCGUACCGAGCACCCGCGCAUUACGGCUGAAAUGGACGCCAUGAUUGAAGAAGAAGAGACUGUUAUUGGCGAUUUCCUCUUCAACUCGAUCUACAUUGGUAUUCCUGCAAACCGGGAUCCCCGGGAGCUUGCUCAACGAAUCAACCAGGAGCUCAACGACAACGCGACUGAGACCGAGUCAAUAGCUACCACAGCAAUGACAGCGACGCCAGGCCGUGUCGGUGGUAAACGGCCCAAGCCGAGGCUGAGAUUGAAUCGCAGUAAGCGACACAAGAUCACCUUUGAGCUGAAAGGCAUCAAUAUGGAUCUCGUGACUUUCCCUGCUGGGUCGGGAGAAACACAGAGCUCGAUAGAUGUCCGCAUCAAAGAUCUUGAUGUCUUUGAUCAUGUGCCAACAUCGACUUGGAAAAAGUUUGCUACCUACGACCAGGACGCCGGAGAGCGUGAGAUGGGCACCAGUAUGAUCCUCCUCGAGUUACUUCAAGUCAAGCCCGUUGCAGAACUUGCCGCUUCCGAGUUGGUGCUGAAGGUCACUACGCUUCCGCUACGCCUGCAUGUUGAUCAAGAUGCCCUGGACUUCAUCACGCGCUUCUUCGAAUUCAAGGAUGCAUCCGCAAAGCCGCCAACGUCGGAGGCCGACGUGCCAUUCAUCCAAAGGGCCGAGGUGAACUCGAUUCCGGUCAAACUAGACUUCAAGCCCAAACGUGUUGAUUAUGCAGGUCUCAGGUCUGGUCAUACAACUGAAUUCAUGAAUUUCCUCAUUCUCGACGAAUCCCGCUUGGUGCUACGUCAUACUAUCGUCUAUGGCGUCAAGGGCUUUGAUCGCCUUGGAAAAAUGCUCAAUGACAUAUGGAUGCCCGAUGUCCAGCGCAACCAAUUGCCUGGUGUCCUCGCCGGCCUUGCACCUGUUCGAUCCCUCGUUAAUGUGGGGAGCGGCUUCAAGGACCUGGUUGAAAUUCCCAUCAGAGAGUAUAAGAAGGACGGCCGAAUUGUACGCAGCAUUGGAAAGGGUGCUGCUGCAUUCGCCAAGACUACGGGCACCGAGAUCGUCAAACUUAGCGCGAAAAUGGCGGUCGGCACGCAGUACAUCCUUCAAGGUGCCGAAGGCAUGUUGGUAAAGCAAACGGAUGCCAGGGAGGGCGGUUGGGAGGAUGAAGAUUUUGACGCGGAAGAGACGAAGCAGAUCAGCUUGUAUGCCGAUCAACCGACCGGUGUCUUUCAUGGGAUCCGGGGUGCGUACUCGAGUCUGGCUCGCGAUUUGAAUGUCGCCAGAGAUGCCAUCAUCGCCGUUCCUGGUGAGGUCAUGGAGAGCCAGACUGCGCAAGGAGCUGCCAAGGCAGUUCUGAAGCGAGCUCCGACGAUCAUCUUCAGGCCGUUGAUCGGGUCGAGCAAGGCACUUGGCAAGACACUAAUGGGUGCCACCAAUGCGUUGGAUCCUCACAACAGGAGACGUAUUGAAGAGAAAUAUAAGAGGCACUGA